AUGGGCUCUGGGCAUUCCCUCGCCCUCGGUAUGCAGAAUGAUCCGUAUCUAGCCACACCAUCACAGGCCGACUCUUUGAUCGAUCUACUACCAGGCAUGGAGAUCGGCUCGCCGCCUGUAACCGGAUCCUUGCAGCAAUCCUUGGAGCAUGUCAGUCCAGAAGUUAGUGCAGACACGAAUGUCGAACGAAGACGUCUCGUUGAAGUCGAAAUUAUGCCAGAGGUGGCCUGUCGACCCGAAAACUUCGCUCGGAUGAGCGACACACCGUCAGCCCCAGUGAGAGAUGAUUCAGCAGUGCCCGACUGUGUCUCCAAAACGAUCGAACAACCACAAGCCACUGAGUCCGAGACUGAGGUCAUGGCACCUCCUUACGACAAUAUCCGUGCCGCGAUCCGAAAGGACCUUCAGUCUGGUCGUUUCGAGAUUCCACCCCUCAUCCCUGUCCACAGUGUCGAUGCCCCAACUCAGAAUCUAGCGAGAUAUCCCUUUCCCCCAGCUUUAAUGCCUACAAGUUCGCAUUCACGACACCGACGACGAUUUGAUCGAUCUGCACUUCUACCUGAUAGCAAUCUUCCAUUCUGUGCUCAGGUUAUGGAACACGUGAAAGACUGGGCGGAAUGGGGGACAAGAAUUGCAGACGAGCAGAGACGAAAGGAAGUCCUAGACCACGUGUUUAAAGUUUUAUCAAACGCUUGGUUUGAGGCAUUGCGGCUGGGCUACAACCCCGGUACGACCGAUAACAAAAGCACAGCACCUCAAGCGUCGACCAAACGCUCUGCACAGCGUGGAGCUGAAACUCCUGGUAAUUUGCCGCGUGGAAAGCCUCGUUCAAAAAGAGAGACCAGCCCAUCCAAAAUGCCCUUCUUGGUCGCGGGCCACAGAGAUGGUCCCGCUUGGGCUAUCACGGCAGGUGAACUGGAGGAAGCUAAUAUCUCUGAAGAUCAAGUACGAAGACGGGCAGCAGCAGAGAAUACUCCAGAAAUUGGGGAGAGACUUUUGCAUAAAGUGCUCAAGGACUACGAUGGAGGCAUCCGGCCAAGUGAUUGGCACAAGAUCAUGCCUGUCACACGACUAAAUCCCAUGGGACGAGAUCUCAUGGUGUACUGCCUGUACGAGGUGCUGAACGUACGAAAUAACAUCGCGAAGCUGUGGAACUACUACAGUCGCUUCACUACUGUCAGGCAGAAGGAAAACACCAAAAGACGUAUUGAUGAGGACCAACAGCGCCAUGAUCUUUUCAUGGCCUUAGCGUUAGAGCUCGACGAGGAAAAACGUUCGCCAGGAGAUGUAACACCUGCCAAUCCUCCGACCAGUUGUGAAGGACAAGUCGUCGUUACGCCAGGGACAGCAGAACAUGAAGAUCAAUCGAGUCAACUCGAUGUCCUUAUUGGAUUGACCGAGAUGAUCCUUCAGGGGACUGAUGUUGCUUCCAUUUCUUCCAGUUUCCAACUCUUCGAAAUUACUCCAGAAGAUCUAGUCACUGGCGACUCAACUGAGGGCCUAGCGAGCAGUCUCGACCAGUGCAAGCACUUUCUGGGAAGACUGCUGUCCGACGCACGAGAGUGGCUCAGAUUGUGCGAGAACGCAGAGGUGGCUAUCGGACGAGACACAGACGUGUGUUCACAUGCACAGAUUCGGAAUCUGGAGCUGAAGAUACUUGAAGAGAAAGAGAUACUGAAGAACACACUCCCUUCUCUCAUUGUUAAGCGGGAGGCUACCACAAAGGGUGUUGAAAGAAGCGGCGCCUCUGCCUCUGCCGAGGACCAUUCGUCUGCUAGUGGCACAGCUACCGCCCCGACAGAUGAUGUGCUAAUGGCAGAAGUCACAAGUCCAGUUUCGUCCAAGCAUACCGUCAAGCACCAGCUCGAUGAGGCCGAUGAAGAGCUUCCAUUACCACCUGCGAAGAGGCCAAAAACCGGCCAUGGGGGAGAAAACCUGAACGACGUAAUUCCCAUACUCAAUGACGGGCAAGUAAGCCGCAAUAUCCAUGGGGCUACCGCGCAGAACGACAAGAACGGUUUGGACGUUUCCUGUAGUAGCCACUCUGAUACAGCAAGCAAAGAGACGCCUCGCAGAUGUCUAGUCACGCUUCGCGUCCAGUCACCCUUCAACCCAGCUGAUUUCUCAAGCAAGAGACUCUUCUGGCAUCCGCAAGGUUUCAAAUACCGAUACACCAAUGAAUCGACCUUAGCUCAGCGGAGAUCAAUGGCGGAAUCUCUGGAGACGUACAUACAGUUAUCGAUGGAAACGGACAAACUCGACCCAAGGUGGCGGUUUGGCAAGUAUCAGGCACUCGCUCAUCCGGGUGAUCCUGAAAGGACGAGUAUCAUCCAUGGUAUCUGGGACUUGGAGAACGGAGACCAGCCAGAAGGAUUCGAAUGGUUCUAUAGAGGCGAUGGCACGCAGCCGUCCGAGUGCGAAGAGAUAUCGUCGACUCAAGAUGAAGAAGUCGAAAGAGUCCUGCCAGUCCCAGCGCAAUCAAAGAAGAAGACCCUUGUGCUUCUCAAGUGGAAGAAUACCGCGAGCUCGGGACCAGAAGCCUCUCGUUCGGCAGCCAAUGCCAAUGGCCUGGCCACCAGUUCCUACAGCGGGGACCCGAGUCUCGGACGCCCAAAGAAGAAGAACAAGAAACAGAACAAAGAUCAGCGGAGACAUGUUCGUUUCGGUAUUACGCAACAGGCACCGGUUGCACACAUGGACUUGGACGAGCCGGUCUCAGUCAAUCGACCAAAACGAAGGAUUGUCGUGAGAAGAUCAUAUGCGGAAGAGGAACACGACGAGGACUACUGCCCUUCCGAAUAA